AUGGGGAUCCAAGACGGGAGCAUCCAACAAUCCCCACUGUUCUUGUUGGCGAGGACCCUAUUCCAGAACAAUAGUGAGCAAACACCCGCGUCCCGCACUGUCGCCCCAUCGCCACCUUCCGAGUACGGCCUCCAUUCCCUGCAAGACAACUGCCGGCGAAGGUCUCGAAACGACCCCAUCGAUAGCGUCAUUCGUAAUGCGCUAUCCUCGACGAUGGGCGCUAGCGUGGUCGCCACAGUGGUGACGCCGCUGGACGUUGUCAAGGUUCGUCUGCAAGCCCAUGUAUGUCCCGUCGGCGGCCACUCCCCGUGUGAAGAUCCCAAGCAUGUGGAGGGCUCUUUAGAUGCCGCGCGAAAAAUCGUUCGCUCGGAGGGCGUGCGCGGCUUGUGGCGGGGGCUGAACGUCACGCUGUUGAUGGCCAUUCCGACCACGGGUGUUUACUUUACCCUGUACGAGGCGUUUCGGGAAAAAAUUGGCAACUCGUUCCCCGAGGCCUCAAAGCCCGCCUCGGCCAUCGCCGCUGGGGCGAUGGCAAGGACGGCGGCAUGUUCGGUGGCUAGUCCUUUAGAGCUUGCACGAACUAGUCUACAAGCGGGGGUCGGUGGGCCGAACGCGACUGUGCUUUCGGUUUUGAAGCAUGUCAAAAACACGGAUGGGUGGUCGGCGCUUUGGCGUGGGUUGGGACCAACGCUGCUGCGCGAUGCUCCGUUUUCCGCAAUCUAUUGGAGUGUAUAUGAGACUCUCAAGGAUCCGCAGACAUCUGUGCUGCCAAAACCGCUUUUCGCGUCAGGUACCUCAUACAGCGUGUAUCUGUGCGCUGGAAUUGGAGCAGGUGGUUUGGCGGCUUUGUGCACGGUUCCAGCGGACGUCGUCAAGACAAGGAGGCAGGCAUCUUUUGCACGCGGUGCAGAUGGGCGGUCGGUCGCCCCCAGAGCGAUGACUAUUGCAAGACAGAUUAUAUCUGAUGAAGGGAUUCGUGGACUGUUUCGCGGUGCUGGACCACGAAUUGCGAAAGUGGCUCCCGCGUGCGCAAUUAUGAUGGGUUCAUAUGAGAUUUUCAGAAAGGUUUUUGGCGGGACAGCAUGACGCCCGCGUUUGUUGGCCGAGGGAAGAAAUGUUUUGCGGCGGGCGCGGGUCCGCGAAUCACGGGGCGCAGUUGGGAGAUACGGGGAGGGUCCGUGGACUCUUGCCUUUGCGAUUUUGUCAUGUCCUCGCGGGCAGGAAACCUCCGAACGUUUCGGACACGGGUAGGGUGUGUGCCUAUUCCAUUGAAUACUACUGGUUAUCCCACUACUGUUGGGACGCUACAGCGUGCCUCAAACAUUCAAGUGUAAUACUGCAAAUCCGGAGAGAUAGCGUACCACACGCAGCCAAAUUACAUGACUCCAUUGUCCGCCGACAAACAGCAAGCGCGGAUCACGGGUGGCUAGUUCUAAUAAUUUGCUGUCCAGCGGGAUUCAUUCGCUUCUAACUUUGGAUGGCAAAUAGUUUUUGCUACCGUACGAGAAAACGAAACAUGUAAAACAAAAAUGACUAAAAACGGUUGAUUUCAA